UCUCCGUAGAAGCGGCGGAUUGGAGGUUAGGGCGGAUGCGGAGGUGGACACAUUUCACAAGAGGGCCACGUACUUUAUCGCAACGCUACCGCCACUACUGCCGUUGCCCAGCCACACUGGAGAGAGCGGAAAUGGCGGACAAGGCGGAAAAGGAAGCUGUUCCCAAGCUGGUGGUGUUUGAUUGCGAUAUGUGCCUGUGGGAGCCCGAAAUGUUCGAGCUCCAACAGUCCCCGACCCGAUUGGACGAGGCAACAAACUCGGUCGUCGCUGGCACUGACCGCGUCAAGCUUUUCAAAGGCGCGGAGCAGGCCCUUCUGGAGUUGAGCACACAGGAGAGGUUCUCCGACACUCGCGUCGCGGUGGCGUCAUCGACGUCCCGGAAGGAGUCGGCCAUGGCAUGCCUUCGGCUGUUUCAGGUAUCCCCUGGAGUCACGGCCAACGACGUGCUCUCGUACCGAGAGAUCUACCCGGACAACAAGGGGACGCACUUCAAGAGCCUACAAAAGGCGUCCGGGAUCGCCUACAAGGACAUGCUGUUCUUCGACGACUGCAACUGGGGUGACAACUGCAGGGACGUUGAGUGGGCAUGCCCCGGAGUGGUGACGACCAAGACACCGAACGGCUUGACGCCGGAGAAGUGGGCAGAGGGCCUCGUUCGGUAAGGGACAAGGUUCGACUGCGACAUCCCAGGGACUCGCGAAGUUUGCCGAAACGAAGCGAUAGAGGUGCGCCUUGAGCAGGAGCGACGGAGGGGACGGAUUCUCCGUUCCCCGCUCCGUGAUGACCUCGUUGUCGGUGUUUUGGUAGCGUUCGUCUUGAUCGAACCUUCGCUCCAUCGUUGUCAUCGCCACCACAUCGUUGUCUCGUCUCGUUCAAGACGAUCGCCCGCUUGGGAUGAGUACGUUUCCGGUAGAUCGUGUGACUAGACAAACGCAGUGAUGCCACGGGUUCGAAGACAAUGGUGGACACCUUUUGUGUAUGUGGGGGAUCAUAUCACCCCAGAUUUUGAAGUCUGUUGAUGGAAGGGCUGAAAGACGCCUACAUUGGGUGGAGGAGACGGGGGGUUGCGCGAAAUGCCGGCACAAGCUGUUGACACGAGCGGCAGGAUGAAUCAGUUGAGAGUUGGUUACCCUUCCCUAACCUCUGCAAAUGCUUGAUGUGCACUGCAGUUUUGACAGCAUUGAAUAUUGCCGAACACCAGUUAUGGUUUUUCCAAAUUCUCGGAGAUUGCGACUUGGGUGAGUCUAGUUUACAACUGGUUGUGGCCGUGCCCUGCUUACUUGCAAGGAUACCACAUUCCACUCGACUAUCGCGCUUACAUUUCCUGAUUUUAUAUUUUCUCAAAUGUUGCCACGGCGAACAGUCGUUGAUCAUGAGAGUUCAGCGGAAGCACGCGCUUUUCGCAACCACUGUUGAUGUUUUAUGUGUUCUUCGCACUCGGCAGUACAACGCACAAACCACGUUUCGAUAUCACGCCAGUGUAGGGUACUCGCCUGCCCCCCAGUAUGUGGUUGCAAAUGGCGAGGUGGGACUGGUCGGCGCGAAUUGGGCAUGUGAUAUACCGGCGAGCAGCGGUGUGGAGGAUACCGUGUCCCGGUCUUGCCCUGGAAUGGGGCCUGAAGGAAUCCUCGGUGUCUCAAUUCGAGCCUUCCACGAUUUGCUAGUUAGGUGCGGGGCAGCGAGACGAUGGCAUGGUCGGUGUAACCCCGGCGUUGGAGACGCCCGACCAAGUAGAAAGUCUACAAGGAUACAAUCAUGCGCUUGCUUGUCUUCGAUUGUCUUGGUGUUCUUUUGUUCUUCUCUUUUUCUUCUUUUGCUUGUCCUUGCGCGUGCAAGCGAUGAGCUUUCUCUUUCUAUCUUGUGCGAGGUCUGACUCACUCUGGGUUAUAUUUUCUCUGUUCUUGCGUAGCUUGUACCUAUUUAGUCGAGACUAUCGCAUUCGAGAUGAUUUUCUUGCCCCUUGUAAGUGGUCAUUGAUCUUUGAAAAUGUUGGGGCUGGUAGUUGGACCAGGCUGAAUGAAGUAACUCACGGAGAUAGGGAUGGUUUCUAUUUUCAAGACGAUCUAAAAAGCAACCACAUUACCCAAUGUUUUAUGUUCCAU